UUCACCCCCACAAGCAACUGACUCCUCUGAAAAUAACCUCGCUGCCUCGUUUGACGUCACCGACGAUCCGAAUCAACCACCCUCCGUCCCGUAGCCGACUUUACGGUGUGAUGAAGGCACAAUUAACUCGGUGCAUCCACGAGAUUUCCCGAAAUCUGGAUUUUCGCGAGAGCAGAGAAUCGAUGUCACUGAGCAAAGCUGAUCGUACAAGUCCCGGAAGCAAGAGCCAGCACAAUUUCAGCGAGAAAAUAGGACACGAACAAGAGGAUCGAGGCGACACGGGCGAACAUGUAUCCAUAGGCAGGAGAGAGGAACGAGAUCGACACGACGAUCGAUCCUGUAGCGGGGUCAAACGGAUAGUGCAAUUUCAACGUAAUGUUCCUACACGACCGGGAUCACGAUCGAUACCGAUUUGCUGGAGGAAAGAUGGCACGAGAUACGCGGCGCUGCUCUUGGCGAAUCAAACAACAUAGAACUUGGAGAAGGGAGGAAAAGGAAGGCAGAAAGUGUUGGAGAAAAUUCUGAUAAUCGGUU